UUCUGUGUUGUCGUGUGUCUGAGCUUUCAUUUAGCAGAUGUUCGACUCCAAGAACAUGAUGGCGUCAGCCUGUCGCCCGCGCCACGGCCGCUACCUCACGGUAGCCGCCAUCUUCAGAGGCCGCAUGUCCAUGAAGGAAGUGGAUGAGCAGAUGUUGAAUGCACAGAACAAAAACAGCAGCUACUUCGUUGAGUGGAUCCCAAACAACGUGAAGACUGCCGUCUGCGACAUUCCUCCCCGUGGCCUCAAGAUGGCCGCCACCUUCAUCGGCAACAGCACGGCCAUUCAGGAGCUGUUCAAGCGCAUCUCAGAGCAAUUCACUGCCAUGUUCCGCCGCAAGGCCUUCCUCCACUGGUACACUGGCGAGGGCAUGGAUGAGAUGGAGUUCACAGAGGCUGAGAGCAACAUGAACGACCUGGUGUCUGAGUACCAGCAGUACCAGGACGCCACUGCUGAGGAGGAGGGCGAGUUUGAAGAGGAGGGCGAAUAUGAAGAUGGAGCCUAGAUGCCCAUAACAACCUUUUUCUCUCCCAAUGCAACAGUUAAUUAAAGAAGUCAUAUUAUGCUUAGUUCAAGGGACCGAUUUGCAUUUUGUGCCUCUUCUGUGACAUGUUUACAUGGCUUAAUGUUCAAAACGUGCUUUAUUUUUCUCAUUCUGCUGCUGUAUUCAUUUGUGAUAAUGUAACAGUGACCAGACCAGGGGACUAAUCACUGAAUGUGACAAUUACUGUCUGAUGUGCAGUGUUAUUCUUUUGCCAAAAAAAAUCAUAGUUUACACUAAAAGCUACACAUAGUGUCAGGAACUUGUCUCUGUUAUAAUAUUCCUGAUGUGCUUGUAGUGGUAAAUUGGGAUCAAAUGUGAUUUUAAUAAAGAUGUAUUAUUUGGUUCCAAA